GGCCAAAUGAUUACGAUGAUUAAAAAAGGCAGGCUGGAAAAAUGUUCCAUGCAUAACUCUUGCAAUCAUCCCAUUCUUCUCCAGCAUGCCCUUGGCACGGUGGUCUCGGCUACCAAGGCUUCGUCUGGCCUCCCUCAGCCCGGAGAUGAGUACGAUUUCUACCGCAGCUUCUCGGGGUUCCAGGCCUACUGCGAAACGCAAGGGGGAAGGCUGCUGCAGUGCAUGAGUAAAGUGAUGCAGUACCACGGGUGCCGGAGUCACCUUCAAGACCACAGCAAGGUGACAGAGCUGGAGGACAAAUUCGACCUGCUGGUUGACGCCAACGAUGUCAUCUUAGAACGUGUGGGCAUGUUAUUGGACGAAGCUGCCGGACUAAAAAAGAACCAGGAGCCGGUCCUUCCCACAGGCCUGCAGCCUCCCAAGACAAUCAUCUCUAGCUGGAAUCGCAAGCAAAACCGGGACACCAGCACGAGGUCGAAUCUGGAGACGUUUCGCCUUCUCCACGCGAAGAACAUUGUCCGCCCUCAGCUCAAGUUCCGCGAGAAGGUGGACAAUUCCAACACCCCGUUUGUGGCCAAACUCUUCGUCAAGCCCAACGCUCUGAGGCCCUUGCCCCAAGCACUCCUGAAAAGCCGGCAAGAGCGUAAGGAGCGUCCGGAAGAUCUGGAUGUCCCCGCAGCCCUGGCUGAUUUCCUCCACCAGCAGAGAACCCAACAGACAGAGCAGGACAUGUUUGUUCACCCUUAUCGGUACGAACUGGAACAUUUUUCAGUGCCAGCAGAAUUUCUCGAAAAGCCUCAGGUCCAGAUGUUUAGACCAUUGGCGGAGACUCCCUGCCACUUCAUUUCCACCUUGGAGGAGUUGGUGGACCUGAACGAGAAGCUGGUGGGCUGCAAAGAGUUCGCUUUGGAUUUGGAGCACCAUUCCUAUCGGAGUUUCUUGGGGCUGACUUGCCUGAUGCAAAUUUCUACCCGAACAGAGGACUUCAUCAUUGACCCGUUAGAACUACGCAGCGACUUGUACAUCUUGAACGAAACUUUCACUGACCCUGCAAUUGUCAAGGUCCUUCACGGUGCUGAUUCGGAUGUGGAGUGGCUUCAGAGGGACUUUGGCCUCUAUCUGGUGAAUAUCUUCGACACUCACCAGGCAGCUCGGCUGCUCAACCUCGGACGCCACUCUCUGCAUCAUCUGCUGAAGCUCUAUUGCGACGUGGAUGGCAAGAAGCAGUAUCAACUGGCGGACUGGAGGAUCCGAAAUAUACCAAGCCCAUCUUCACGGACGAUUCGUACCUGGAACUUUAUCGCAAGCAAAAAAAGCACCUGAACACCCAGCAACUCACAGCUUUCCGGCUGCUCUUCGCCUGGAGGGACAAGAUGGCGCGCCAAGAGGAUGAGAGCACAGGGUACAUCCUUCCCAAUCACAUGUUGUUAAAAAUAGCCGAGGAGCUGCCCAAAGAACCCCAGGGAAUCAUUGCCUGCUGUAACCCAGUUCCACCUCUGGUCCGCCAGCAGCUGAACGAAAUGCAUCUCCUAAUAGGCCAGGCUCGAGAGAUGCCACUGUUAAAGUCAGAAUGUGCGGUUGGCGUGAGAAGGAAAGAGCCUUUUCGGAAUUUAGAGAAGCCGGAGAACUAUUUGUUUGGGCCUCAUGACAGCUCCCACAGUGCCCAGGACGAGAAACUCAACCAUAUGGAUCACGGGCCUGGACUGCCUCUGGAGCACGCAAGCCUCUUUUCAGAAGUGGAGCCUUGGUCAGAGCAGACGGGCCCACCCCCGCUGUGUCUCCGGUUAAGAGCUAGCAUCAGUGUUUUUAACGAGCCAGAAGAGAACGAAAACGGCAAGAACUUAACCGUGGCCCAACAGAAAGCUCAGCAUAUCAUGGAGUCCUUCGAGAACCCAUUUCGAAUGUAUUUGCCAGCAGAGCUCAACCCCGUUCACAUCUCUCAAGCUGCCAAGUCGGACCCGUCCUCAAAAAUCUACGAGAUCAGUAACCGGUGGAAGCUCCUCAGCCAGGCCCAGCUCCAGGCGGCAGCAAAGAAAGUCCCUGUAAAGCAGAAACUUCCGGCAGGUGAGGAUGAGUGGCUUGGUUGGAGACGGUUCGUAAAAAUGUGAGCCCAAAGCAUCGUUGGUCCUUCUUCUGAUGCAGGAUCCCCCUAAGGGGAGGAUAGAAGUCCUACCUCAUAGGGGUGGCAAUCUAGAACAGUGGUCCCCAACUUUGUGGCUUAGCAGCCCAGCUGGGAUGGGGAGUGUGAUAACCCGGGGCGUGGCACAAAGGCAACUCAGCCAGAGAACCCGUAUGAGUCCCUUUAUUAACACCAACUGUGCCCCUAAUGUCCCUUUCAACUCUCUGGCCUGGCGAAAAGCUCUCCCACAAACCUGUUAACAGCCUUUGGCUGAAAAUACACCAGUCCAAACGUUGUAAGCAGAAAACUUCCAACUAUGAAUCCAACCAGACAAGAUAAGGUAAUUAAUCUGGCAGGUCAAGCAAGAUAAGAAGUAG